CAACUGGACAUGGAGGACCAGCGCUCAUCACCUCUGUCAUUCUCCACAGUUCCACAAGAAGCAGCCCUGUGUCAGGCCUCUGCUGGACUCCCCCGGGAAACUCUGUUCCCAUCCCGAAUUCUUCCCCCUAAAGAAAUUCCUUCUUUGGCUCCCACCGCACCCCGGAAAGGCUCCCUGCUCCAGACUUCCAGUGCUCCCAAACAAGAGGCUUCUGGCCAGAUCCCGCAUACCCUCCAGAAGGGACCUUCACUCCUGUAUCCUGCCGCCUCUGAGCAAGACACGCGCCACCAGGGUCCCCUGGCUUCUCAGGAAGACACCCAGUAUCUUCCCUCAGUGGCUGAACAGGAACUCCCCCUUCUGACUCACUCCACCCACCAUCAGGAAGCCCUGCUUCACUCCCCUGAAGUUCCUGAGAAAGACCCCCUGACACUUUCCCCCACAGCUCCUGAGGCCGACAUGGACCCACUACUCCAAAGUCCCGUCUCCCAAAAGGACACUCCCUUCCAGUCCUCUCCUGCAGCCCAAAAAGAACAGCCACUGCCCACUGCAGAGAUCACUCGCUUGGCUGUGUGGGCUGCUGUCCAAGCAGUGGAAAGGAAACUGGAGGCCCAGGCCAUGAGGCUACUGACCCUGGAAGGCAGGACAGGGACUAAUGAAAAAAAGAUAGCUGACUGCGAGAAGACCGCCGUGGAGUUUGCAAACCAUCUGGAGAGCAAGUGGGUCGUGCUGGGCACCCUACUGCAGGAGUAUGGGCUGCUGCAGCGGCGCCUGGAGAACAUGGAGAACCUGCUGAAAAACCGAAAUUUCUGGAUUCUGCGUCUGCCCCCUGGCAGCAAUGGAGAAGUCCCCAAGGUCCCGGUCACGUUUGAUGACGUCGCCGUCCAUUUCUCUGAGCAGGAAUGGGGAAACCUGUCUGAGUGGCAGAAGGAGCUCUACAAGAACGUGAUGCGGGGCAACUAUGAGUCUCUGGUUUCCAUGGACUAUGCAAUUUCCAAACCAGACCUCAUGUCACAGAUGGAGCGCGGGGAGAGGCCAGCCAUGCAGGAGCAGGAGGACUCUGAGGAGGGCGAGACGCCCACAGACCCCAGUGCUGCACAUGAUGGGAUUGUGAUUAAGAUAGAAGUGCAGACCAACGAUGAAGGCUCAGAGAGUUUGGAGACCCCAGAGCCCCUGAUGGGACAGGUGGAGGAACAUGGCUUUCAGGACUCGGAGCUGGGCGACCCCUGCGGAGAGCAGCCCGACCUGGACAUGCAGGAACAGGAGAAUGCCCUGGAAGAGUCCACAGAAGGUUCCAGUGAGUUCAGCGAGCUCAAGCAGAUGCUGGUGGAACAGAGAAACUGCACGGAGGGGAUCGUGAUAAAGACGGAGGAGCAGGAGGAGGAGGAGGACGAGGAGGAGGAGGACGAGUUGCCGCAGCACUUGCAGUCCCUCGGGCAGCUGUCUGGGAGGUUCGAGGCCGGUAUGUAUCAGACCCCGCUGCCCGAGGAGAUGUCCCCCGACGGCGAGGACAGCCCCCCGCCCCUGCAGCUGGGCAACCCGGCGGUAAAGAGGCUGGCGCCGCCUGUGCACGCGCAUGGGCACGCGCACGCGCACGGCGAGCGGCACCACCUGGGCGAGAGCCGCGGGUCCUCGAGCCAGCAGCAGCGGAACCGGCGCGGCGAGCGGCCCUUCACCUGCAUGGAGUGCGGCAAGAGCUUCCGGCUGAAGAUCAACCUCAUCAUCCACCAGCGCAACCACAUCAAGGAGGGGCCGUACGAGUGCUCCGAGUGCGAGGUCAGCUUCCGGCACAAGCAGCAGCUCACGCUGCACCAGCGCAUCCACCGCGCGCGCAGCGGCUACGCCUCGCCCGAGCGCGGGCCGGCCUUCACCCCCAAGCACGCGCUCAAGCCGCGCCCCAAAUCGCCCAGCUCGGGCAGCGGCGGCGGCCCCAAGCCCUACAAGUGCCCCGAGUGCGACAGCAGCUUUAGCCACAAGUCCAGCCUGACCAAGCACCAGAUCACGCACACGGGCGAGCGGCCCUACACGUGCCCCGAGUGCAAGAAGAGCUUCCGGCUGCACAUCAGCCUGGUGAUCCACCAGCGCGUGCACGCGGGCAAGCACGAGGUCUCCUUCAUUUGCAGCCUGUGCGGCAAGAGCUUCAGCCGCCCGUCGCACCUGCUGCGCCACCAGCGGACACACACGGGCGAGCGGCCCUUCAAGUGCCCCGAGUGCGAGAAGAGCUUCAGCGAGAAGUCCAAGCUCACCAACCACUGCCGCGUGCACUCGCGGGAGCGGCCCCACGCCUGCCCCGAGUGCGGCAAGAGCUUCAUCCGCAAGCACCACCUGCUGGAGCACCGGCGCAUCCACACCGGCGAGCGGCCCUACCACUGCGCCGAGUGCGGCAAGCGCUUCACGCAGAAGCACCACCUGCUGGAGCACCAGCGCGCGCACACCGGCGAGCGGCCCUACCCGUGCACGCACUGCGCCAAGUGCUUCCGCUACAAGCAGUCGCUCAAGUACCACCUGCGGACCCACACGACGCGGCCUGGCGGCGCCUGGGUCCCCGAGGGCCCGGGAGGGGGCGAGGGGGGCCUGGCUGUUAAUUUCCUCGACAAUAAAGUGGAUGAAACCAAUCGGCGCGGGGGGAGUGAUUUGGCUACCGGCCACGGGCAGGCGAGCAGGGCCGCUUAG